AUGGUCUGCACCAACGCCUUCGAACGCCAGCAGCGGUCUGCUAUGUUUUGGCAAGGUCUCCGUCCCCGUCGGCCCAUGAUGUCGCUGGCUGACUUUACAACCUUCCUCAACGAUCAAGACCGUAUCUGGCCACUUGAGAUAAAUCUGCCAGUUGACGAGGAGGGGUUUGACAUCGAAUUUGGGAUGUCUAUUUAUGAGAGGCACAGACAUGAAGACGAACGCUAUGAUAGGUUUGGAUUUACGCUACAAAGGCUGGCUGGGUGGCUAUUGCGGGCAAAUGCAUAUCCCGAGAAGGAUGAAAGUGGUAGCGUAACCGGCAUCGUUGAAGUCUGGAGUAUGCCCAAAGCUGAGCAUAUUCCUAAGAUACUCCUCCACUCAAGAAUCAAGUACAAAAUCCUAAGCAAGGAGGCGAAAGUCGAAGCUAUAAUGAAAGAAACGGCAAAGCAAGACGCAGCCGAGGCCAUGGGCAGCGAAGAGAAACCCGAGGUCUAA